CAUAUCUUCCACAUCUCUGUCCUUAUCUCUGUAGCUUGCUAGCUAGCUAUCAGAGACAUAGAGGCAUGGCUCUCGCCGGUACCUUGGAGGGUGAAGUUGAGAUCCAUUCGCCUGCUGAUAAGUUCUUCAACUUCCUUGUAACUCAACUUCACCAUGUUCAGAACAUCACCGAUCACGUCCAUGAAACUAAGGUGCACCAAGGAGACUGGCACAGCGUUGGUCCUGAUCACGUCAAGCACUGGACUUUUACCGUCGAUGGUAAGGUGGAAACUUGUAGGGAGCACAUUGAAGAGAUUGAUCGAGAGAAGAAGUCGAUCACGUUCAACAAUUUUGAUGGACAUGUUGGUGAGAAGUACAAGACUUUAAAGUCUAAGCUUGAGGCGGUUGAAAGGGGCAUUAAUAAUGGGGCCGUUGCGAAAUGGACUUACCAGUAUGAGCAGCUCCAUGAGGAUGUGCCUCCUCCACAAGCCUACUUGGACUUUGUCAUUAAGACCACUAAAGAUAUCGAUGCUCAUCUUUUAAAAGCAUAAACAUCAAAUAAAACUACGGCUUCAUGUUUUGCUUCUUCAGGAAAAAGGGAAUCUAUCUAUAAUUAAUUAUAUUAGCCAAGCGUGUGAACUCAUCUAUAAUGUCGUUAUUGGUGCCGAAAAUUAAAUAAAGAUGCGUGUAAUAAAGUGUUUGAUCUUUGAUUCGUGUGCUUAAUGACGAGAUGUUGGUUAUAUUAGGUAUAAAUGAAAAUGGUGCGAGUGAUCUUAUGGCCUAUUAAUGAUACA